UGCUGCCUCUUACGUGUUGCAGCAUAGCAAGAGGCAACAAGCCAUUUAGUGUGUGUUGCAGGAUGUUCGGGCUGUGUAAGAGAACUUCAGACUCUAGAGGUCUCCAUCCUUCAGCAUCCCCUCAUCCUCCACCUAUUCGCCCUCCUCCUCCGCCGCCUCCUCCUCCUCCUCCUCCUCUCUGGCAUUUUGUGCAGCGGAGGAGGAAAGGAGGAGAGACUGCUGAGGAGGAGACAGAGGGGACCCUGAGACGACACGUCCCACGCCAGAGCCAGACAGCCAGGGAACUUUGAUUUGACGCCAAGUAUGAAAUGAUGAAAAUUACGAUGAAGACAAAGAGCCACGUUUCUUGCCCAUCUUCUUCUUCUAUUUGGGAGGCUUAGAGAUGUCGGGCGUGUGCAACAUAUGAUGCCCUUGGACUCGUGCGUUCAAUGAAGAUUUAUUUAUCUCCGAUUUCGCUCCUCGAUUCGCUGAUGAUGCCGCUGCGUUGUGCCUGCGCUUAGGUCAGCCGAAUGAAUUUGAAGGUGGUCUGAGCGCAUUGUUUCCAGCUCCGUUGCAUAUGGGAUUUCCAGCCGUGAUGUCUGCAAUAUUCCGCUCUUUGUUUCUGGUUCUCUUCAGCCUGCUGUCAGCGGGGGCCCAGACGGAGAUGAAGAAGGUCGUUGGGGACAAUGCCACCUUACCAUGCCACCACCAGUUACCAUCGUCAGGCUCCCUCGACAUCGAGUGGCUACUGCAGAAACCAAAUUCCAAACAGAGAGUGAUUAUUACUUUCUUCGGAGGCCAGGUGUACACCAAUGAGGCGACAGGCAGCGAGGCCAGUCGCCUGUCCUUUGCCGGGGAGUACCUGGGCGGAGACGCCUCCCUGCUGAUCAGUGACCUGCUGCUGACCGACUCUGGGGAGUACUCCUGUAAAGUCAAGACUGGGGGAAAGUACCACUGGAGCCAGGUCAACCUCAUCGUGCUGGUCAAGCCUUCCAAGCCGAGGUGCUGGAUGGAUGGCAAACUCCUGGAGGGCAGCGAUGUCAAGCUGAGCUGUAAAUCAAGCGAUGGUUCAGACCCCAUUAGCUACAAGUGGGAGCGAGUGCUGGACAAAGGCAAGAGUCUGGGCAAGCUGCCAAACCUGGCACUGAUAGAUCUGAAGAACCCGGAGAUUGUGACCCUGAGGAAUCUCACCAUGGACAGCACAGGUGUCUACAGGUGCACAGCGAGCAAUGACGUCGGGGAGGAGAACUGCACCAUUGAGGUCACAAUGCAGCAUGUGAGGGAUGUCGGGAAGGUAGCUGGUGCGGUGGUGGGAAUAUCCCUCGGCGUCCUCAUUGUCAUAUUGAUCAUCUGGCUGGUCUUCCGGAAGAAAGAGAAAAAGAAGUACGAGGAGGAGGAGACACCCAAUGAGAUCAGGGAGGAUGCGGAAGCUCCCAAGGCCAAGCUUGUGAAGCCCAACUCCUUGUCCUCAUCCCGCUCCGGCAGCUCACGCUCCGGUGCCUCCUCCACCCAGUCCAUGGUGCACAACAGCGCCCAGCGUGGGCACCGCCCUCGUCCACCUGCUGUGGCGGCUCUCAAGGAAAACGGACAGCCUCCGGGCUUCCCCCAGUCCCCUCCAGCCUACACUACAGUAGUGCCCCCCAAGACCCCCGAGCCCCCUGCCACUCCCAAAUUCAACUCCAGGAACAUGUCCGGGCCUACACCCCCGACCCUCAUGGUCCCUGCCCAGACCAAGGCCUUUCAGACUGUGUAGGACUGAAAGCCAACACCUUCUUGUAGCCAUGUGAAACUCCCAUCCCUGCCCAAGCCCCCAUGUCCCUUCCCAAAGACUAAGACUCUUCCAUAAACAAAGAAAUGCAACUAGUAAAAAGGAUGUAAUUAAAAGAAUCAAUACUAUAAGUCCAAAAGUACUUUUAAUGAAUGCUUAAAAAGGGAAAAUAAGACAUGCUUGCCCCCUACUGAAUUACAUAAAACAACAGAACUAAAGAAACAGCAGAGACCUGAGAUGCAACACUGUUUGUGUCUCGUGGCUGAAGGCAGAACUUGUUUUCUGAGUUCCUUCUUUGGGAGGCGAAGAGAAGUACCAUGUGCAGUGAGGUGGAAGAAGCCCCCCCUAGUAGAGCUUUUAUUUAUUUAUCAAAUCAAAGGGUUAGGACAGCAGCAGAGAAAGGGAGUGAAAAAAGGGAAGCGCUAUAGGCUGGAUCAUGAAGUAAGUCCAAACGCUGAGCCAGGUACCAGUGGAGUCACACAGCUGUGGAUUGGACAAGAGGAGUAAAAGCAGGAUGGACACGAGGAAGAAGAAAGUUCAAGAGUUUAUGACAGCAACUGAUUUUAUUUUAUUCCUCUCUUGAAGAACAUGGCCGUUGGGUGAUUCUCUGACUCCCGUCACCCUGCACCUCCGACCAGCUGCUUCCCAAGCACCUGCUCUGAAACCACGAAUCCCUCUGCCUCCCAAGGGCCCGGGACAGUCGUGCCUAGCCAUGUGGACAGACACAGCGCGGCGGCAUGUGCAUCAUCUGCCUCAGUGCUCUCUGUCUUUCUUUCUCUCACGAGGAACCCACAAGAAACCGCAGAAUGACUCAGCUGGCUCACAAACAGCUCAUCUGCUUUACCAAUCAGCAGGGGAAACUUCAGGUACACGGAUGUAGCAUUGACAGUGGAGUCAAAUCAAUGGAGUUGUCAGCCCCCCCUCCCACAUCUUGUCUACAUCUAUAGACAUCCUUUUCUGGUACUGAAUAUCCUCUCUGAAUAAUGAAGUAGUAUUUAUUAGACCUAUAGCUAUACUUUAAAUAUAGGGGAUAAGCAUCUAUUAGACCAGCUGGACUUGUUUUUUUCUUUUCUUUGUCUGUUCUCCUGUGUCUUUUGUCUCUGAACAGGUUGUAAAAGGGUGACAGACAGCCAUGUGUCCAUUCAUCCAUAUUAAGAAGUGCCACCAAUCCCUAGGAUGGGGUUAUGACUAUUGCUUUUUUUUAAAACUCUUUCUUUACCUGCGACAUUUCUGAACUGAAACCAAAAUCUGUCACCAUGAAUGUGUGAUGUACAAAGAUGGUGGAUCCCAUUAUUUUCGGCCUCCUACAAGAUACUGAAUCAAUACUCGAGCUAAGGCACAAAGGAUUGACCUUGACGUUCAGUUUUACAAACGCUACAUCUGAAUGAGGGGAGUAGGAUUCUAGGGGCUUCAGCUGUAUAGGGUGUGUAUGGUGUCAUUGUCAGUACUCUCCCCGGAUCCACAACAGUGGCGUGGCACUUGAUUGCUGUCUCGCUGAAUCACCGGAUCCUGCUUGGUUGCCGGGCGAGCCGUGCCAGUCUAUCUGCCAGUUCCCGUUUUUGUCAUGUUCUCUGACGGACCCGGUGACAGAAUCCAGUUUGAUUGAAAGUAGCUGAAAAAAAAGGGCAAGUAGCCUAUCUAGUGUGCCUUUGCAAUUCCCUCUUCCCUUUGAUGGUUUCUUUCUUUGUCCUUAUCUUCAGCACACCAGUGGUUAAGUCUGUGGUGAACACCCAGCUUUGAGGGCCAUCAGCAGCAAAUACUGAGAGAUACAACUUCAAAAUCUUGGCCCUAGUAGUGACAGCCUAGGGAGCACCAAGCAGAGAGAAAUAUCCACGGUGAGAAAGCAAUCCCAUGCCACGGGACAAUGUACUGUACAUUCUGUAAUCAGUCUUGUUUUAUAUUGUACAUACAGAUAGAUAUACGCACAUGAUGUCAUUUAAUUUAAUAAAUAAGGGUAUGUGAGGGGAGAUUUACCCCUUACAAACGAGUCAAAUGGGAAACCCAAAGUGAAUUUGAACCAUGUGUUUUUUAUACACAUGCCGUCACGUUUGACAUUUCUAUCUUUCAACCUUGUGUGAAACAAACGUUAUUAUAUGUGAUGCAAGGUCCAAGUGUAGAAUAAAAAUCAUCUUGUUUGGUCAAAAGGAAAACACCAUCGUAGCUACUGGCUGGAUUCUCAUAAACUGUAUGCAUUUUAUUGCUCCCUGAGACAAUAAUGGUUAGUAAUCCUUGAGCACCACUAUUGAAAAUCUGGCUACACAUGUGUAGUAUGUGUGCAAGUAUGUGUAAGUACUUGUGCAUAAGGUAAAAAAAAAAACUAAUGUUUUUAUUUGAAUGACUGCAUGACCUUUACUCUCAGGAUAAACUUUACUGUUUAAGCUCCUCUUCUGGUUUGAAGAUAAGUAAAUUAAUUGCUUGGUGUAGUCAGACUCAAUUCUUAUCAGAUUAUGAGCCUGGUAACAUGUCAGUUGGGUUUCAUUGUGGGGCGGGAAAAAAAAGACCUAUAAUCAACCAGAAUCAUAUAGCCACACACAAAGCGUAUGACUAUGCCACUGUUACUCUUUCGUCCAUCACCACAUAAAACCAACCCAAAUCAUUUCAUUGCCCAUAGCAGAUCUUUGCCAUAAUUGGUUCCCAACUGUGUAACUCUGUGUUUUUCCAUCCAUAAAAUUUUUGUUUCCAUCCACAAAACUUGGGAAGGUCAAGUUGCCUUCCAGGCUAGUAAAUUAUUAGUACAGUCAAACAUAUUCAACUUUUAUUGUACUUAUUGUGGACCAUAUUCACACAUCGACCAUUUUUCUUCUGAUUUCCCACUAAUGGGGUGAAGCUCAAGGCUGCUAUCAAAUAAAUUGGUCUGAAAAAUGUUUGUUUUUUGGUAGGACCUUAGAACUUCAUAGCAUUUCAGCUAGCCAGCUAGCUAUCUGCAAAUUUGCAGUGUUUCCAGAGUGACCGUGGGUUCAUAAUCUAUCCAAAUUCAGUUGCUAUAUCCCACGGGAAAUAGGUGGUAAACACAACACGUUUUUGAAUAUUUCGUCAUCCUUGCAUUGGCUUUGCUUGUUGCCAUUCAAACCAUGGAAAAUGGCCGCCAUGUGAAUAUGAGCCAUUAGCAGGUCUGGUUUCACCUAGAAAAUUCCACACAGAGUGAAAUCUUUCUUGUAAAAUGAAGUAAUUCAGUAUGAAACAUAAACAAAACCAGCAUUUGUUUGAAAAGCAUGUGUAUUGAUUUCACACAUGGGAUUCCACACAUGACUUAACAGUAAGGGAAUUUGUUUGGGGGGGUGGGCAGGGAUGCCUUUUAUAUUCAACUAGAAACAACCGUUCAUAUUUGACCAGGGAAGCUACUGUGCGUGCGUGUGCCUGUGUGUGCGUGCUUGCGUGCAUGCAUGCAUGCUUGUGAAUGUGUGUGAGUGCGUAUGUGUGGGUGUGUGCAUGUCAAUUCAGUAUUAGCCCUCGGGGCCACACCCACACAUUCUCAUGUUAGCCAUUCACUGAGUGAGAAGGAUCCAGUCAGGUCAAAGUUACCUCUGUCUAAAUUGAUAUGACUGCAGACUGGCAGUGUUUAUUUUGGUUUUCACUCACUUAUAUGUCUAUUGAACUUGGCUUCACAGACAUGUUUUUGCUUGUGGGGGUGGCGUCUCGAGACAAAGCACGUCCGUAGUUCAUAACCAUCAUCAUCUCUGGAGGACACAUGUACGCUCUCUCCCUGCUCUUGUUGUCUCCUAACGCAAAAUGCACUCCGCCCUGGUUGUAAUGAUGGCACACGCACACAAUACGAACUGGUAAAAGUUGUAUAUAAACUCACCUAAACGGGUGCCACAUGUGGGUGCACACACAACCACCGGCGUGUGAUUCACAUACUUUCACGGUUGCACCCGCCCUCACAGACACACACAGUUUGCACAACCAAAACCCCGAGCAGCAUUCCUUGUUAUUUCUGCUCCUUCAGAAUCAGUUUGAUGGAUCGAAUGUCUAGAGGUAUUACGACUGACUGAUGGAUCCAGGAUACUAAAUGCGGCACAGAAAGGGACACUGCAUCACCCAGGGGACAUCUGCACACAAACACACACACACACACACACACACACACACACACACACACACACACACACAGAUGUACAAAGACAGCAACAAAAUGCACACACUUGCAUACAGACACAGAAAGACAGACACUGCUAUGCAUCUUAACAAUCUGGAUAGUAAAUGCCUAAAGACUUUUUUUCAUGGGAGCCUGCGAGGGUAGCACUCGGAAUGAGGGGAAGUAUAACAGGAUUGAUACUGAGCCAGGGCUGUAGGCUCUUGCCAUUGAAAUUCCCUCCACCGCAGAUGAAAGUAGCAGUUGAGGUGGAGGGUGGGAUGCAAGUCUUCCAGCUGUUUAAUUCCUCCAAGCUUUUUGAUUUGCUUUCCGGCGUCUGCAAAUCUCAGGUGGAAGAUUCCCCGGUUUAUGAGCCCUCUGCGUUGCAUCUCUCCUCUCACAUGUGCAGCUUUGUGGCCCGAAAAACUUGUGCUCUUUCCAACAGAUGAAUUUUAAAGGCGCUUUUUUUCACUUCACAAGAGUGGAGGAGGAAAGUCGUAACACACCUCAGAGUGUCAGCAGCACACCCAGUAUCGUCCUUUAAAACAGUAUCCAUUGGCAUUAUGUAUUUAUUGUCUUAUUAUCCACACUCAAAGGUGCAGUAAAAUCAUUAAUGGUUAUCCUGCGUUAUAUGAUAGGAGUAUGAAUCUCAUGUAGCCACAAUGUUUUACGUUCUAUUAAGCAGUUUUAUUUCCGAUUAAAGCUGUUGAGCAGGGCAAAGUGAUGCUCAGACUUUGCGGUUCAGCUUCGUAUGUCAGAAAAAGGGAAUGUGAUGUAUAACUGCUUUUAAGCGAGGAGGUGGAUGGGGCUAAAUUCAACCUCAUGGAAGAAAGGGAGGUGGAAAGAAAGCAAAGGUACCUGCAUGUCAUAGGAGAUUGAGCAGAUGAACGGGAAUGCUUUGCUUUGAUGUAACAUAAACUGUAAUCGGCUAAAAGUUUAAUAAAUAAAACAAUUAAAAAAAAAAAAGAAAAUCAAAAAUUGUAAAUAUAUUCACAGAAAAAUUUUAUGAUGCUUUAUUUUUGUCUUCUUUGUUUGGAAUAUUUCAUCCAUGUACUUUUGCACUUUUUUGUGUGCUAUGCUCAUCACCGGCCUGCGUGGGAUCUGCGUGGUUGGCUGUUUUCCCCCUGACUGCAUUGUUUCUGUGUCAGGGGGGAGACGCGCUCAGCACGGCGUUAACUAAAGGGAAAUGUAAGACACUUCUUUUUUUUUGUUUGUUUGUUUUCUUUACUCUCAUCCAUUCUUUCUGACGUGGCUUCUUUUUGAUUUUGUAAAACAGUUAUCUGUUUUGUUUUGUUUUUGGUUUGUUCGUUUGAUGAAAACAAUCCAUGUAAAUAUCACAAGUAAAAAAAAAAUGUAUAUUUUUACGACCUCUGAGUUAUUACUCUUUCAUUUGCAAAUAAAAUAUUCAAUGACAACUUAAA